AUGGGGCAACAGCCUAAAGUGGAUUCUCAUACCAGUUUGGUCUAUCUGAUUAAGGUAGAACUAUUCACUGCUAAGGAUCUCGUUGGUGCUAAGUUAAUUGGCAAACCAGAUCCUUAUGCUGUCAUUACAUGUGGCAAUGAAAAGCGAUUCAGUUCCAUGGUCCCUGGUUCAAGAAAUCCAAUGUGGGGUGGGGGCAAGGGUGAGGUGUUCAAUUUUUCCGUUGAUGAACUUCCUGUCCAGAUGGUUUGGGCAUGUGGAGAAGGGAUCGGGAUUCUCUGCAGUCGGAAAUUACCUGCAUUCAUGCGGUCAACUAAUGGUGAUCAUUUGAUGAAGAUCAGACGGAUGAUCAAUGUCACAAUUUAUGAUUGGUAUAAAUGUCGGGAUAAUGCUAUUCUUGGUUCAGUGACUGUUCCACUUAAAAGCAAUGGUCAAACUGGUCCAGUGUGGCAUACUUUAGAUAGCCCAUCAGGGAAGGUUUCUCUUCAAAUAGAAACAAAAAAACUACCUGCAAAUGUUUCUAGGAUACAUUGUUAUGGAGAAGCCACUGUAGUCCAUCAAAAGCCAGGGCCUCUUCAAACUAUAUUUGAUCUUCAUUCUGACGAGGUUAUUGAUCAUAGAUAUAUUUGUGCACUUGAGACGUCAUUCUUGUACCAAGGUGAUAUGUAUGUCUCAGCAUGGAACAUUUGUUUCUAUUCCAAUAUGUUCUCAAAGGAAAUGAAGGUCAGAUUAUACUUCUGUUUUGCCCAGGUUCAGUAGUCAGUGAACACCAUAGCAUACAUAGUUUCUUGUAUGAGGUUGUUGAUCAAUCACUCCUCUUGGCUGUUUUAAUUUUAAUAUUUUCUGAUAAUUUUUCUGAGAGAGAUUGAUAAAAAUUGGAGUUGGAGUAACUUAGAUUUCAUGUGAAGUUUCUGGUUUAGUGAAACAGUGGUAUUAUUAGUCAUAGGGUCUUGCCUGGACCUUUAUUUACUGAAACUGUAUCACUUCAGAAAAAAUAAAUAUUCCCUUUAUUAUUAAUAGGUUUAAAUAUAUUUUUAGUUUUUCAAAUUUAGAAGUUUGUUGUUUUUAGUCCCCAAAUUAAAAUUUGUAUUUUUUUGGUUCCUCUUGCAAUGAAAAACCGUCACGGGACUAAAAAAAAAUAUUUCGUGAAUUUGAAAAAUUAAAAUAACAGACCUUCUAAUUUGAAGAACUAAGAAUAUAAUUAGGCCUUAAUACUUAUUAAUAUAUAAUUAUACAUGACUUUAGAAAGAAAAAUAAAAGCCCGUUCUUACUUAUCAACACUGACAAUCUGUUAGUAAGUGCCUUUUUAUUUUUCUACAUUAGUUAUAAUAUAAUUUUUUUUGGGACAUUUGCCUGGUGGUUAUUCCAUUUGAAGAUAUAGAUGAGAUUCAAAGGAGUGAACUUGCAUUGAUUAAUCCUGCUAUAACAAUUAUUCUUCGCAAGGGUGCUGGUGGACAUGGUGUCCCUCCUUUCAGUCCUUUGGGAAGUCCUGAU